AAAUCUUCUCUAGGUAACAUAGUGCUACUGUAACUUCACCAUUGAAACGACCUAUCAUUACUAUGUCAUAUCUGCAGGUCUAAGAUAAGGGCCGGGCCGAGUUCUUGACACAGCCGCUCCUUUGCCAGAGCAUCGCCUGCAUAUUCGAUAUGUCUUGGCUACCACCUAACCUUAAGUGCCAUGUGAUAACACUCACUGGUGAACUUCAAACAACAAAAUGGCUGAUAUCCUUCUAUGCGUACGGUAUCUCAAGAGGUAUCUUGGAACAUCUCUAGCAAUACGGCUUUCCAAUUAUCUCGCCCAAUUUUUCCCGCCAUUCUGCCACAACUCAUCCUGAAGACCGAUAGACGGACAACAGAAUGGCUCUACUAAGCCAAGGAGAGAAGCGUAUUGAACCUUUGGAUUCGGAUGGAAAAAUAGAAAUCUCAUCGACUCCCGAUGAGAGGGAUAUCAGUUCCAUCAGCUCGGGAGAGCAGAAUGAAGAUAUCCACUACUUAGUAGGGUGGAGAUUCUAUCUUUCAACAGCAGGGAUCGGUCUAGGCUUAUUUCUUAUCAAUUUCGAAGUCACUAUCGUCAGCACCGCGCUAGUGCCUAUCACCAACGAACUGCACGAUUUCCAACAGGCUAGCUGGGUAAUCACGGCAUAUCUGCUGACAUAUACAGGAGGUCUUGUCAUCUGGGCAAAGCUAAGCGACAUAAUCGGUCGCAAGUUAGCAUGUCUCUCAUCGAUGAUCAUCUUCACUGCUUUCUCUGCGGGAUGUGGCGCGGCUCAGACUUUAUUGCAGUUGAUUGUCUGUCGAGCAUUCCAAGGUAUUGGAGGCUCGGGCAUCUAUGCCGUGACCAUCGCUAUGGUUUAUGAGAUGGUACCGGCGCACAAAUUGCCAAUAUAUUCAUCCUUCGUUAUGAUCCUAUUUCUAAUCGCCGUGGCCCUCGGACCGCUGCUUGGAGGAAUCAUAAGCCAACAGGCAUCGUGGAGAUGGAUAUUUCUCAUCAAUGUUCCUUUUUGUGCCGUUGCGGCGGCCAUGAUUUUAUUUUCUGUGCCUAACAAUUUCCCGAAUCAAGGUCGGGUGAGGCAUCCACCGCGGCCUAGUCUCAAGUCGCUGGACUUUCUCGGUGCAACGCUUAUGCUUGCGGCACUAGCAUUACUUAUCACUGGUCUUCAACAAGGAUCCUCACUACUAUCAUGGUCCGACUCAAGCGUGUUAGCCCCUCUUAUUGUCUCUGGUGUGUCUUGGGUGGCAUUUCUGGCAAGCCAGUGGUAUGUUAGCCGCGAAGGAAAUACUAUCCAACCGGUGUUUCCUUGGCGCUUCUGCCGCAGCCGCUUAGUAAUGGCUCUUCUGCUUAACGCAUUCACAAUUGGUGGCGUCGGUAUCACUUGCACUAUCCAACUUCCCUUUAGGUCUCAGACGGCCGUCGGUAUGACUCCCCUGGAGUCAGGUGUUCGAUUGCUCGCCUUCUCCGCGGCCGCACCGCUCGGCUUCGUCGCUAUGUCUAUCGCAGUGAAAAAGCGCCGUGUGCCCCCAAUCUAUCUUUCAUUAGUCGCCCAGGUAUUGCAGAUAAUUGGUUUAGUCUUCAUGUCGCGGGCGCCCGUGGAUAAACCAGACUGGGCUACUCUUUACGGAGUAUCAAGCCUUGUCGGAUUCGGAAUGGGGGCUUGCAACAGUGCAGCCACACUGAUGACACCGUUCAUGGUGGAGAAGAGAGAUAUUGCCGUCGCGUCUGCAUCAGUCGUCCAAUUCCGUUUCUUAGGGAGCACUGUGGUCCUCUCUGUAAUCACGUCUGUCGGGAAUACCUGGGUUAAAAACAGGUUAUCCGAAGCUCUUGGGUCCGAAAACCUAGGUUUGCUCUUCGAAUCGACGGAACUCAUCGACAGUCUCCCGUCGGACCUAGAAACUCUCGUGCGGAACAGGUUUAUAGAGAGCUUCAACCUACAGAUGGAAAUUGUGCUCGGCGUCGCAGUCGUUUCUGUCUUUACCACGCUGCUGAUGUGGCAAAGACCACAAAUUAGAAUCCCUUAGAUUUACAGAUCUUAUGAGCAUCUCAAUCAGCUGGAUUGUCAUAUUAGGUUGAACAGAUAAUGUUGGUCCAGAAUCUCUGGAGUGUAAUUAGACGGGUUCCAUUCAAUACAUAUCAUCAGGCUUUGUCAGAA